CUCCAGAUUCUCCUUUAAAUCACUAUUCUGUAAUUUUCUCCCUGUCCUUUUCUUUUGUACUUUCUUUGUUCAAACAAUCAUCGUUAUGCCAACCCGUAUACUCGCUUUUGCUGAAAAUCUACACAGCCCCAGCGAUAACAACAGUUGUCACACCAACUACUACCUGGAAGAUGACGAAUCAUUCCCCCCUUUGAGCGCAACGACAGCGAAGGAUGCCUAUGAGAUGGUCAAGGAUGACGUGGUCUUCUCAGAAGGAUCGACAGUUUGGGUCAACUUGAAGUCUUAUGCUCAAGUUGCAGAAUCAGGAGGCGUUGUACACGAACCAAUCGAAGUCUUUGAAGCCGCAGUUCCCGUCACAACAGCACCUGUUCGGCCACGGCCAGCCUCAGAAUUAAAUUACGACUGUGGUGAAGAAGAUAUUGAUGACCUCUACUACCAGCAGAAAUCGCUUUCGUAUCGCAAGGCCCACGCUGACCAAGUAGCAUACGCACGCCAACUCAAGACUGCAGAACUCACGUACCAUCGUGAUCUACGAAAAAUUCUUGAAAAACUUCCGGAUUAUGCAGCCGAUACAGCUCAAGACUAUAUGGAACCUAUUCGAGACGCAGAGGAGCUUUUGGAAGGCUUCCGCAAGAUACUCGUUUACGUUUCACCGCCACAUUUCAACCCUCGUUCGCGCCCUGACUGGUACUUUGAUGGCACAGUGGACGAUUGUCACGCCGAAAUGCGCCGGCGUGUGUUACAAGCAUACCCAAAGGAUGUCGGUGUCGAGCGUGCUUGGAAAGAAAUGGAGCAAUGGUUCGUGAUGCCUCGACGUGCUCAUGAAAGGACACAAAUCCACAAGUACACUUGGAACGCAUAUCAUCAUGAUAUGCAUCAGCUGCUCAAGUAUACGCUGAUAUCAGAUUUAGAAAAUUACAUUCAACAACUGGACCUCCAUCGAAACAAGACUCGGAAACAACGACUUUGGCUUAUUCGAAAUGCUAUCCCUUCAAAACAAUACCUCCACCCCCAAGCAAGCCGUAUCAAUUAUGCUGCAUGUAUUCUGAAAGAAUGUGAAUAAAAAGUAUCGGCACCCUUGCGUUUUAAAUGCUGCUGUUAAUUGAGUGGGGUUGGCUUUUGUGAAUAUUAUACGUUGUAACACAA